UUGGUUUUUCAGAUCGCUGCGUUGCAAGCCACUGCUGCUAGUGCUGGGGCUGGGACCCCGAAUGCAGCGCCUGCAGCGGCGGCGGCGGCGGCGGCGGCUGGACUUGGAAAGAACAAGAAGAUAGAACUGGAAACUAGGAUAGAGGAGUUACAGAAGCAGGUCGGCGAUCUGAGGGUUGAGAAGGAAAAGUUCCUGAAUGACCUGGAUAUCAAGGUGAACGAAAUUCAAGAAUGUGAAAUCCGUCUCCAACUUCUUACAAGCCAGCUUAAUAAGAUCAAAGCAGAGCUCGAGAAAGCUCACAACACUAUUAAAACUAUGGAAGCUGAGAAAUCGGGCUUAUUAGCUCGCAUUAGCAACACUGGUAGUUUUAGUGAAGCCGUCCAUGACUCAUCUUUUGCGUCUUCUUCUGGACUAAGUGCUACUCGUGUGUCAGCAGCACCAUUGUUCUCUACGGUACCUUGUAAUCCUGUUAUUACUACAUCCACUACUAGCCCACGUUCAACUCCAACUUUCGGAAAGUCUAUCGUUUCAGAAUCAAAACCAAAUUCAACAUCUGUGUCUUCAAAUACUAUCACUGCUACUUCAGUCGCUGGUCAAAGCAAUCAAGUCUCGGGAAGUAUUCAUGUUAGCGAUGAGUCCAUCGAUGAAGUUCUUAAUGCUGGAGGAGAGUCUCGUGACAGCGUGACCAGUGCCCCAGUCUCUAGUACUGACAUUGGCAGGAAACGACCUGCAGCUGAGUUCAGCUCGGAGUCUGAUAUUAAACGACAGAGAGACAGCCCGAAUGAAGCUGUAACUAGUAGCGAACAGUCUGCUGUACCUCAACAUCACGUAGAUGACAAUUCCGUUGCUCUACCGCAAGAUGAUGAGAACAGCAGCAGCCAAGAUGCCGUUGUAUAUCCACCUGAAGAGGGAAGAUUUGAUGAUGGUAUUCAAAACGAUGAAGUUAUCGAAGUUUUAUCUGAUGUAGAGAGUGAUGAGUUGGAUGAGGAUUACGAAGGAGACGAUCAAGACAUCGUCGGACUGGACCAAGAUGUAGAACUUUCUGAUGCUGUUGAUGGAAUUGUUCAAGAAGAGGGCGACGAUGAAGAGGUAGAAGAAGGCGAGGAAGAAGAUGAUGACGAUCUCAAUGCGGAAGCUGAUGAAGAUGAAGAUGAUGAUAUCCUCGAAGUGGUAGAAGAAGAUUCUCGAUCAGCCUCAAUGGAUCAAGAUAGGGAGGCUGCGUCAGCCAUCGAAGAAGCUGAUGAUGAGGAGAGAGCUCCUUCCUUGCCCAGACAUGAAGAAGUGUCUGCCUCACAUUCCAUUGAAACAUCAAACGAUAACAGACCUGCGAGAAUGCCCAUAGUUUUCAACAUCGAGCGAGACGAUCAAUGCUCUAGCAGUAAUGAAACUAGUACUACUACCGCAACUACAACCCAUCCUGCUCCUUUCCGAGGAAGACCAGCGAGAGCUUUAUCACGAGCUGUACCCUUGUAUCAGAGGGGGAAACGAGGCAAACGCGGUAAUUAA